AUGAUUAUAUCAAAAGAUCUAUUUCUGUUGGGAGACCAAGACUACUUAAGGCUCCCGAAUAAGGACGAAAAGAGGCCAGCUAUGAUACGACCCGUCGUCAAAUCACAAAGGAUCGACACGACGGGCCACUUCCCGUGCCUGCUGGCCGACCAGCGGCCGCUUCCAGUCCACCUGGCCUUCCGCGGGCUGUCGGCCAGCGCUGGGCCGCGGCCCAUCUUGCGUGACGUCGACGGCCUCGUGCGGCCCGGCCAGGUGCUGGCCGUGAUGGGGCCGAGCGGCUGCGGCAAGACCACGCUGCUCAACGCGCUCAGCGGGAGGCUCAAGCUGGACGCGGGACACAUCUUCUUCAACAGAGAACCGCUGUGCAAAAGAUGGAAACGUAAGAUCUGCUAUGUCCUCCAACAAGACAUUUUCUUCCCUGACCUCACUCUGAGACAAACCCUAGAGUACACAGCAAGACUGAGAUUACCUGACACAAUGAGUUAUUCGCAAAAGAUGCAGUACGUGGACCACAUCAUUGACGUUUUAGAAUUGACAAAUUGUCAAGAUACCAUCAUCGGGGACUAUAUCAAGAGGGGAUUGAGCGGUGGUGAGAAGAAGAGGGCGAAUAUCGCCUGCGAGCUAUUGACGAAUCCCUCAUUGAUGUUGUUAGAUGAGCCUACGUCUGGUCUGGAUUCUCACGCAGCUCACAGUCUGAUGACUACCCUGAAGCGGUACGCGGUAUCAGAAGGCAAAACUGUCGUGCUUACUCUUCACCAACCCUCAUCUCAAAUAUUCCACCUCUGUGAUAAGCUGCUACUCCUAUGUAAUGGUCAGACUGCCUACUACGGGGAUACGUGUAAAGUAGUGGAUUUCUUCAGCAGCAUAGGACUGAACAUCAUGCCGCAUUAUAAUCCUGCCGAUUUCAUUCUGGAACAAGUGAAAGGAUCUUCUGAUCUACAACAAAGGAUCAUAAAUGCGGCGAAAGAAUCCCGAAGAAAUAAGGAUUACCCCAUAGAAUUACAACAUGAUUGUCACUAUAUUAGUGACAAAUAUGACCACUCGAAUAAGAUACUACCACAUAAUCCGUAUUCCAAUAUAGAACAAGAUACUCUGAACGCCAUGGAACCCGAUGUCCGACGUCUCUGGCUGGACACUCACUCGCAUGCAUCAUCUUCAGUGAGCUCUGAAACUAGUGACGCAGAUUGUUAUUUCUCAUGGCCAACCAGCUUCUGGACACAGUUCAAAGUGCUUUCUCAGAGAAACUUCCAGGAAGCGAGACCGAGAAUGUUGUCUAAACUUAAUUGGGUACAAACGAUAGGACUAGGAAUUUUGGCAGGCCUGCUGUGGUUUCAAUUGGAUAGGAAAGAGGAAGCUUUGCAUGACAUACAGGGCUGGAUGUUUUUUUCUACUACAUACUGGAUGUUGUUUGCUCAUUUUGGAGCGCUUAGUUCAUUUCCUCCAGAGCGAGAGGUGAUUAAUAAAGAAAGACAAUCAGGAGCUUACAGACUGUCUGCCUAUUAUUUGGCAAAGAUGAUAGGAGAGCUGCCCUUAACUAUGUCUCUGCCUGCUGUUUAUCAUCUUAUUUCCUACCCUAUGUUAGGUUUCCAUUCACCAAUGGUUUUUCUCACUCUUCUGGGAUUUCUUCUGCUCAACACGAUCGUGGCACAGAGUGUAGGCUUUUUCAUUGGAGCUUGCUGUAUGGAUAUGCAGGUCAGCAUAACCAUCAGUGCCCUCUACACAUUGGCAACGCAACUAUUUGGUGGAUAUUUGGCGACGAACAUACCUGCAUGGUUGACGUGGAUGAAAUACCUUUCAAUGAUACACUAUGCAUAUCAAAAUAUGCAAAUUGUCGAAUUCACUGAUGGAAUUCAGUGUGCUUCACAAUCAAAGUUUAAACUUUGCACCUCUGAUUUGAACCAUAUACCAAUGUCGUCGAUAUUAGAAGCCCAAGGAUCUUACCUCCCUUUAUGGGCCAACACCCUAGUACUAUUGGCGUUCCUACUGGUCUUUCGCGUGUUGGGCUACAUAGUACUCAGGUUCUUCAAGGCUCCCAAGUAA